AACUGCUUCCCCGCCCCGCCCCACCAUUACAUACCUCUACAUGGACAGGAUUGCGUAUAUACAUUACCUAACCAGCUACCUACCGCCCGUGACAGCUUCUGGUACCUACCUAAAAUUGACUCCAUCCAUCUUUUCCAGUUUGUGAUGCCUCCACGAACCGCCCCUCAAACUUCCCAAAAAACCACCAUUUUACUCUUUCUCAUUCUCCUCGUCGCCUUCUUCCCCAGCAGCUUUCACUACUUGUGGAACCUCCCGCUCAAACUUUUGGCUUUUCCUUUUGGUGUUUUGUCGUCGCUACUCUCCUCGUCAGGGACAACAGCAUCGCCGCCAUCGACGUCAUUGCCCAAUUUUACUGAGCUUCCGUAUUGUCAACAACCACCAUCACAAGCCUCAGCCAUGUCGUGGUCGCAAAAGACUUUUACACUGCCCGCUCAGUCCCGCGGAGCCUACUUGAUUACGGACAUUGUGACGAAGGAGGUGCCGGAGAUCAAGCAGUAUAAAGUGGGAUUGCUGAAUUUGUUCAUUCAGCAUACGAGCUGUGCGUUGAGCUUGAAUGAGAAUUGGGAUCCGGAUGUGAGACUGGACAUGAGCGACACCCUCGACCGCAUCGUGCCCGAGGCUACAAGCAAGAACCCGAACUUGUACCGACACAACGACGAGGGCCCGGAUGACUUUCCUGCCCACGUCAAGUCUUCCUUGAUCGGUACUAGCGUGACGAUUCCCAUCACGAACGGAAAGCUGGCCACCGGCACAUGGCAAGGCAUCUGGUAUCUCGAGUUCCGCGCUCACAAGCACAGGCGCAACAUAGUAGCCACCAUUCAAGGAGAAAAGGGAAAGGAGUAAAGGUGUGUUGAAAAGCUAUGAUUAUUUUUUCUUCUUCUUUAGACCUAGUCUCAAUACGAAGUAGCAAGAGCUCUGUCUUGUCUGUCAUGCCUUUAUCCCAACCCAGUCAGUCAGUGUCUCGCCUAAUCUCACUCUUCCGCCAUCUUUAGUCACCUUCGACCCUUUAUUAUCCUGCUCAGAAUUAUUAGAACAAUGGAGGAGCAGAAACCCGCCUGGCUGUGCAGACGACACUGCUCCUCCUGUAGUCUAAACACUCAUAUCCUUAAUCUUCAUGCUCCUCGUACGGACGCGAACCAAGUGACUUAUACGUUGAGCGAUGCCGU